CUUCUACCAUCGCCCCAAAGUACAUCUUUGUACUCAACCACCCCCAAACUCUGCAACACCAAAACCGAUGGGAGAACCCGACGACCCCUCUAUACGCAGCUUCAAGUCUAAGGCAGCAUCUGCACUUGGCUUGGGACGCAAGAAAGACACGCAGACCGACGUCCUUCCGACCCACAACCCCCACACGACCACCCAUCCUGGCCUAGAUGGCAGCAACCCGUCGCGUGGUGCAAAUGGCACCAGCGACCACAGCGAGAAGCCCGUUGCCAGCGAUAAUAGCUCCACAGACAUCGACAAUGGCAGCGUCAAUACCGCGCCCGAUGGAACGACGCCUCCCGCCAUAGGAUCCGAGAAGCGUCCGUUCUACUCGCCCGUGCGUGUCAAGAACGGAAGCCUCCGAUUCAUAUCCCACACCAAGAAUGCCAUCACUCACAGCUGGAUCAACCUCCUGCUCGUCUUCGUGCCUCUUGGUAUUGUAGUCAAGCUCGUGCACCUGAAGCCCGAAAUUGUCUUCUCCAUGAACGCCAUCGCCAUCAUUCCGCUGGCUGGCCUGCUCGCGCACGCGACCGAAGUUGUCGCUGCCCGCGUUGGAGAUGCGCUCGGUGCACUGCUCAACGUGUCCUUUGGAAACGCUGUCGAGUUGAUUCUCUUCAUCAUCUUGCUCGCCUCUGACCAGAUCGAGGUCGUGCAAGCGUCUCUACUUGGAUCCAUACUUGCCAACCUGCUUCUCAUUCUGGGCAUGGCAUUCUUACUCGGUGGUCUGAAGUACCAAGAGCAGGUCUACAACAACACCGUCACCCAGAUGAGCGGUGUCAUGCUGGCCCUUGCCGUGAUGAGUCUACUGCUUCCCACUGCCUUCCACGCCGCUUUCGAGAACAACGCCAUCGCCGACCACGAGACUUUGUCCGUCAGUCGUGGAACCAGUGUUAUUCUCCUACUAGUCUACGGCCUGUACCUCGUCUUUCAGCUCAAGAGUCAUCGUUAUCUCUAUGCUAGUACGCCCCAACAUAUCAUUGACGAAGAGUCACAUCCCGGUGUCCUUGCCGGUGCUUUCGACUCGUCCAGUUCCGACUCUUCGUCCAGCUCCAGCAGUAGCGACAGUGAUAGCUCCUCUAAGAACUCUGAUGGCACCAUGAAGAAGAAGGCCAAGCGCAUGGUCAAAAGGCUUCGCCGCAAGUCCAGCGCUAGCUCCAAAGACGCAGAUGCGCUCUCAGCUCUCAACUCGCCAGAGGGUGAGCUAAAUCAGAGUCCUUUCGAGACGGAAAGAACCAAUAGCGUCGCAACUGCCACUAAUGCAGCCCCAAUCACUUCUCGCCGACACUCAUUCGACGUCAUGAGUGGUGACGAGGCCGAUAACGAUCAAUACGUUCCAGUCGUUCGCGAUUUCGAAGCCGCUUCGCAGACUUCGCGCUCAAUGACGAAGAAGGAAAAACGCAGGCAUAAGAAGAGCAAAAAGGACCGCCGUGAUCGCAACAAGGUCGACACCAUUCCCGAGAAGGAGGUCGUGCCGAACGAGCCCACGCCCAAGGUCACCUUCGCUGAGGAAGUACAGAACGACAGUGCCACUACGAUGAACUCGAAUCCUCGCAGAUACAACCGGCCUGCUCUUCCUUCGCUGCUCUCUAACAACGUCUUCUCGAACCCUCAGAACCUCGCUCCACUUGGCGGUCCUGCACCCAAUAUUCGUAUGGCAGCACCUCGCGACAACACAGCUCUGCGCGCUCCCCUUCGUCGAUCCAAGUCUCUCCCAGAUCAAAUUGGCCGCGCCGACUCCAGCGGUAGCGCAGUCAAACAUCCUGCUGUCUCUCCACAGGCCGCCAUGGCACUCAACGAGGACGAUGAAGACGAUGAAGCACCUGACAUGUCUAUCAAAGCUGCUAUCUUUAUGCUUCUGAUCAGCACUGGUCUCGUUGCUGUCUGCGCCGACUUCAUGAGCGAUGCCAUUGAGCCUAUGGUUGAGAGUUCUGGUAUUAGCCAAGCGUUUAUCGGUCUCAUCAUUCUUCCCAUCGUCGGUAACGCUGCAGAGCACGUCACUGCGGUCACUGUCGCGAUGAAGAACAAAAUGGAUCUUUCGAUCGGUAUUGCUGUCGGCUCUUCUAUCCAGAUCGCCAUCUUCAUCACUCCCGUCAUUGUUAUCCUCGGUUGGAUCAUGGGCAAGGAGAUGACACUGUACUUCAACAUCUUCGAGACUGUUGCACUAUUCGUCACAGUCCUGGUGGUGAACUUCUUGGUAUUGGAUGGUCGCAGUAACUAUCUCGAGGGUAGUUUACUGAUCGCUGCCUAUAUCAUCAUCGCGCUGGCCAGUUUCUUCUACCCUGACGGCUGUGAGGCCAGUGCCAUUGGUGGCAACGAGGACCGCUGCAACAACGCGGAGGUUGCCCGAUUGGCGCAGGGCAUGGUCAAAAGGAUGAUUGGCAUGUAGGGCGAGGAUCAUCGGUCAAGAACCUGAAAGUCUGAGUAACAUCUGACUUUAGUUUGACUUCUUGGUCUUUGUAGUUGCUUUGCGAUGAGACGGUUGAGUGGCAUGGUGUGAUGUCCGCUCCCGUAAGAGACUUUCCAGAGUGUCUCAAUUCCUUCUAUUACGAUAGCAUACAGUCCUUACAGACACUUAAUAGCUUAUUACCGCAGAGGUCCUCAAAUUGACACAUGAUAUUGGCUCCCCAGCCGGAGCCUGCCUCA